GGUGAAAAAUAUUGUCACAAUCGCACAAAUUACAAGAUAGUUCUCUUGGUGCCCGGAAUUUAAUGAUGUUAGAGAUAUAAAUAAUGCCUCAGAAAGAAACGGAGGAAGAAGAGGAAGACUUGUAUGGAGUUCUACAUCAUAGAAACAUAAAAGAAGUUGUUUUUGGAGAAUUACAAUUUGAUACAUGGUAUGGUUGCUCAAUGUAUUUUGCAAAGGACAAAAAAACUUUGGGGUAUAAAUAUUCCCAACCGUCUAAUGGUAGUGUUAAAACUGGUAAAAAGAAAGAUGGCUCAUCUGGUAUCAGCAGCAGUAAUCCCCCUAGCGAUGACAUUUUUGCUGAGGAAGAGGAAGAUGUUGAAGUUGUUGAUAGCAGUUUUAAUACCAGUGAGACGGAAGAUCAUCCUAAAGGAACUCUGAAUGGGGUUAAUGGCAAAUCAGACAGUUUUUGGCUAAAUACCUUAUAUGUUUGUGAUUACUGUUUUAAAUACACUGAUGAGCAUGAAGCAUUAAAAAAGCAUUGCGAGUACUGCUUGUAUAGAGAGAGAUUUCCCGGGAAAAUCAAGUAUAAAGAUGAUGUGAAGAAUUUUACGAUACGGAAAGUGCGAGGUUCGAGACACACAUUAUUCUGUCAGUGUCUCUCGUUAUUUGGGAAACUAUUUUUGGACACAAAAUCAAUAUUUUUUCAUGUGGAAAAUUUUGAAUUUUAUGUAGUAUAUGGGAAGGUUGAAGAUGGUUUGAAACCGAUGGGAUUCUUCUCAAAGGAGUUGUUAUCCUGGGAAGAGAAUAAUUUGGCAUGUAUAUGUGUGUUUCCACCAUAUCAAAGACACAAACUUGGGACGUUAUUGAUAUCAUUUUCAUACGAGUUAUCUAAAUUCCAAGGGCUAAUAACUGGGCCGGAAUUGCCGUUAAGUUCAUUUGGAAAGAUUGGAUAUCUUAAAUAUUGGUCAAGUGUUCUUGUUUAUGAAUUACUCAGAGGAAGAUUUUCUGGUAUCGACGAAGUGACCAUUGAUGAGCUAUCAAGAUUUACAGGAAUAAGAGCCGACGAUAUCUUAACGACGCUACAAUAUUUAAAGUGUCUUGUUAGAAAGGAAAACAAAAGACUUUUUAUAAUGAAGGGGAAUAUUGCCAAAUGGGCAAAGGAGAAGAAUUUCAAAUUUGAAUCAGUAUUGAAUAAAGAUAAUUUAAUUUUGGAAUAAUGCGA